UUUCCAUCUUUCUUUGCUGCUAGUCUCAGGGUUGGCGCUAACCUCAGCGUAUUAACAAGAAAUUUGUGGCAGUUCCCAAUGUCACAUCCAAGCACAACAAUUUCUACAGAAGAGAUGGUCUGUUCAUGUGACCCUCUUUUAGAAAUGUGUCUUCGAAGAUAUCCUCAGCAACUCUCCCCUCAUGUCUUAUAGCCCAUGUUUGGCUUAGUGUUUGUGACUGAAGCAAUCUGCAUGGGGCAUGGAAUUGGGCAUUGAGAUUGAGGGUGAAUCAACUUUGUCCCACAUGGACUUAUAAGGAAAAAGAACCUUAGGCACAGGGCAUGUGUGCACAGAACUACGUGAAGAGGCAGGCGAAGUGCAGCCAUUUGCAAGCAAGCAGAGAGGCUUCAGAGGAAAUCAACCUUAUGUGGCCUCAUGGAUGAACUGGUACAUGAUUUAGCCUCAGCCUUGGAGCAGACAUCAGAGCAGAAUAAGCUCGGAGAGCUGUGGGAGGAGAUGGCCCUGAGCCCUCGGCAGCAGAGGCGGCAGCUGCGGAAACGCCGAGGCCGGAAGCGUCGUUCUGACUUCACUCACCUGGCAGAGCAUACCUGCUGCUACAGUGAGGCCUCUGAGUCAAGUCUGGAUGAGGCCGUUAAGGACUGUCGAGAAGUGGCCCCGGUCGCCAACUUUAGUGACUCUGAUGACACAAUGGUAGCCAAAAGGCACCCAGCUCUCAACGCCAUUGUUAAGAGUAAGCAGCAUUCUUGGCACGAGUCUGACUCUUUUACUGAAAAUGCACCUUGUCGGCCACUCAGGCGCCGGCGGAAGGUCAAGCGGGUGACGUCAGAGGUAGCUGCCAGCCUUCAGCAAAAGCUGAAGGUGUCAGAUUGGAGCUAUGAGAGAGGCUGCAGGUUCAAGUCUGCUAAGAAGCAGCGUCUGUCUCGCUGGAAGGAGAAUACUCCCUGGACCUCGUCAGGCCACGGGUUGUGUGAAUCAGCAGAAAAUAGGACUUUCCUAAGCAAAACAGGAAGGAAAGAAAGGAUGGAGUGUGAAGCAGAUGAACAAAAACAGGGCUCUGAUGAGAAUAUGUCAGAAUGGAUAAUGAAAAUAAAAAGGUCUGAAAUUCAAAGAUCUCAUGAACAGAGAAACAUAGGUUUGACUUUUCAUAAACGAUGCUCAUCUAUCUUCACCAUCUAUGUUGUAGUGACCGUUCAUGAAACCAGCAGUGUGUGUAGCAGCAGUGACACUGGGCUCUUUACCAAUGAUGAAGGACGGCAAGGAGAUGAUGAGCAGAGUGAUUGGUUCUAUGAAGGAGAAUGUGUCCCAGGAUUCACUGUCCCUAAUCUUCUGCCCAAGUGGGCUCCUGAGCAUUGCUCUGAAGUAGAAAGAAUGGAUUCUGGACUGGAUAAACUUUCAGAUUCCACAUUCCUUUUACCUUCUCGGCCAGGUCAAAGAGGGUACCAUGCUCGCUUGAAUCGCUUGCCUGGAGCUGCAGCUCGAUGCCUCAGGAAGGGGCGAAGAAGGCUGGUUGGGAAGGAGACCAGCCUAAGUACUUUGAGUACUGAGAGGAUAAGCCAUAUCAUUAGCGACCCUCGGCAGAAAGAUUCAACCCUCUUUCUCCCCUUUACUCCCUGGAUGUUCUUGCCGAUGCCUCUCACCGAAGGUGUUCACCAGCACACUGCUCAGCCAGACAGGCCAACAUUCACUGGGGACCGCCAUGUUCACGUGACAUCAAGAGGAAACGGAAACCUGUGGCCACAGCGUCUCUGUCCAGUCCCAGUGCAGUUCACAUGGAUGCGACAGAGCCCACCACACCAGCGUCACAAGCCCCGAAAUCUCCAAACUCUGAGUGGUCGAUCAGGACCUCUGCAGCAGAUAAAGCCGCUGACUCUGCUCCAACCACGUUUUUUAAAAUGCCACAAGAAAAGAGCCCUGGACACAGCUAGAGAGCACCACUUUACCUGCCAGGCGCUGACUGUCGAUUUGUUGAAAACAAAUGUUAGACUUACAUAGUCUUGUAUAUCUUAAUGGCCGUGCCCACUCCCUUCACUCCCUGGACGGACUCUUCUUCAAACAUAGCAAUGGACUCUUUCUCUUAAAACAUCGUGUUGUGGGGUUUUAUUUUUAAUUAGUAAAGUAUUGAGGCAG